UGCAGCGAGACUUAACCCCCUCCUCUUCCUUUCUAUCCUUGGACUAGAAGGGCUUCCAAGGCUCAGGGUUUCGAUUUGCCUCGAUUGCCUGCGAGCUUCUCCUCCUAUGAUGGAUGACAGCUCUAGGGGUGAUGUGGAGCCCACAGGGUCAUCACCCAAUACCGUGGACGCAAAAGGAAAAACCCACACUUUCAAGUUCUGUUUUAAAGAUGGAGCGCCAAAUAAAGUUGUGUGUGAUGCAUCCAAAACUGUAUUUGGAGCACUUAAUGAGAACCUGGAAUUUACACAUAAUAAGGAGGGGAAAGAAAUAAUAAUCCAAAGAUCCAAAGAACUACACCAUGAAGCAGCUGUGAAGACAGAUUUCCCCUGCUGUCUUAUUGAAGAUGAUGAGACCUUACAAAUAAACUUCCACGAAAAUAAAAAUAUUGCAUCUACAAACCAGGAAACAACUGCAGAUACUGACCCUGAACGCCUAGUCACCUUUUACAUCAGAACGAGCGGGAUGACAAAGAAAAAAAUAAUGAAGAGCAGGGAAAAGGAGUUAUUUUCGAAAUACAACAUUGACUAUGUUUGUGUAUUUGCACACAAAGGAGACACUAUUGAAACGGCUCUUCGGGAUGAUGGCAGAUUUAGUGAUGACAUUUUUGACAAGGUGACCUGUAAACUCGUUGAUGAUAAAAAAGUAAACUAUGCAAUACAUUUGCCUGUAGAUCAGUGUGAUGGCAAGAAAUUCAAUGUAAAUGCUGAGAAUAAAAAGGCACGAGCACCUGACAAGAAUGAUGGUGAGUCUGUUAAACACAGCCAACAGUCUAAACACACCAAACAAAAAACACUUCAAGAGGAAAAGACAAACGCCACAGAUCCUUCAACUGAAGGGAAUGCAACUCAGAGUACUUCUGGAAAUUCUGCAACUCAGAGUACUUCUGGCAAUUCUGCAACUCAGAGUACUUCUGGGAAUUCUUCUGGUGAUUCUGGAAAUUCAUUCUUUACUGAGAUUAAGAAAAGUCUGCAGGCUGUAUUAAAAGAGGUAUUAAAACAGCAAGAGAACCCUCAGGAUCAAAAGUUAUUGCAAAAAGAAUAUGAUAAAGGUGUUGUUGAGUGUUUCACUGAGGUGAACAAAGUGAAGCAAGUCAUGGAUCUGUCUGACUCUGUGUGUGUGAUUGUAGUUGACAAUUCUCGCAGAGGAACCGGCUUCUUACUCUUUGACAGAUUCAUCCUCACUAAUGCUCAUGUUGUUGAGAAAUUUGUUGUUAAAGCUUCUGACACAUACAAGCUUUCAAGGACUCUGACAGCUGUGUUCAAUUAUGAGUUUUUGGGAUCUGAGGUAAUAAAUCUCCAAGCAAAGAGUGAGCUUAUUGCUUACAGAUAUAAAAAAGAUGCGCAGCUCUGCCAUGAUUAUGCUCUUCUUGAACUGGAAGCUGCACCUGAUAACUGUACUGAAUUGCUCACUUGUUAUAAGCACCAUUCUCCCAACAGUGGUGGGAUCUACAUUGUCGGACACCCAGAUUGUGAUGUUAAAAAGAUGGACCCCUGCCUAAUCAUUGGAGCAGAGAAUAAGAGUAUAAACCAACACAUAUCUGAGAAUGUGUCCUGUCCAUAUGUGUCAUGGGGAUGUUGGCCAUAUCUAUACAGGAACCAGAUAACUUAUGACUCUUGUUCCUUUCAUGGAUCAUCUGGCUCCCCGGUGUUUGAUGCACACUGCAAUCUGAUUGGCAUGCACUCUGGUGGCUUUGAUUACAAACAAGGUGAAAUAACUGGAAGUGUUAUAGAGUUUUCAUACUCAAUGCAGUCCAUCAUGGAGAGCAUCAUCACACAGAUCAUGCCAAGAAGGGACAUCAUAAUAUUACUUCAAAAGGAAAAAUUUAAAUGUAUACAUUUUGACCUUGGGAAAAUUGAGGAUGCAAGUGAAGCAAACAUCCCCAUUAAGGAAGAACAGCAGACUGAAGAGGAGAAAAUGAAAGAAAACUAAAGGGACACCUGAGCUUCGUCUCCUGAUUGAAGACCAAUCCAUCAGGAAAAAUAUCUGACAGAGAUUUGCCAGUCCCGUUACACAUUUUUUUCUCUCUUUUAUAUUACCAUGUAUUCUAGUUUGAAGAUUUUAGUUUUUUUUAUUAACUUUUUAAAUAAUGUUUCUUGAUGUGAUUCUGCGUGAAUAGCAUAUAGGGAUUUACUGGAAGAGAACCUCAGCAGAAAGGCUCUUCAGAGCUGUUCCUCAUCCUCAUGUGUACAUGGACAUUACUUUGGGAGGAAGUUGCUGCAAAGCCUUCAUUUAAGAGAGAUUGUCAUUAUGGGUUUUACUUUUCAUAUCAUUUGUUGAGAUGAUUGCAUGUUCAACAGCAGAAGUGUCUCUUAUUUUAAAGUCCAGUAACCCACUAGCAGGCGAUUGUGGGAUUAACAUGUCAAGAGAGGAACAGUGAAAAUUAUUCAUUCAUGUGAGGCUAAAAAUAGUUAGGAUAUUAUUUUCUUUAAUUGCUCAUACGCUUGUGUAUUCAUAUUUCCACACUCAUUUAACAAAUCAUUCGCUCAUACUUUAUAUGCAUUUUAUAUAUUCUUUUAACUUUACAUUUAUGUUUAUACUCAUUUUACAUUCCUUCAUCUUAAUGUUGUACUUGUUGUAGGAGAUUACACUUAAAUUUAUUAUUUUAACACUUUUUUUCAUUUUAACACUUACGUUUUACCUUAUGUUGGUUGUGUUUGAGGAGAUUUCCCCCAUGUAAAUAGAUUUGAGCGCUGAGAAAAAGCGCUAUAUAAAUGUAAUUAAUUAUUAUUAGUUAUUAUUUCAUUAGCGUGUGAAUUGUUGUGUCGAAUAGUUGUUUUGAGUGAUUAUCAUGUUCAGAAGCUUCGGGGAUCUGGUGUGGAAAAUUUUGUGAACGGUCUGUGAGAAAUGUAAUCAGAAUUAUUAAUAAUAAAAACACUUUUUGUGUAUAAUUGUGAAACAAAAACCUUCAUUACUCAUGCUAAUUACAAUAAAGA